CUCUGGGUGCCCCACUCCAGCCACGCGCAGCCUGAGCUCCUGCAGCGCCGGUCCCAGGCGCUGGCUGGGGCGGAGCGGGCACGGGGCGGCCGUCGAGGCGCAUGGCCCCGGCCGGGACCAGGCUGGCGCAGCGCGGAGCCGGACGGCGCGGUUCGGGGCGCUGCCUUUCGGGGCGCUGCCAUGAAGCAGCAGAGCGUGCGCACCGCCGCGCUGGUCCUGUGCAUCCUGUCCUACCUGCUGGUGGGCGCCGCCGUCUUCGAUGCGCUCGAGUCCGAGGCGGAGAGCGGCCGCCAGCGGCUGCUGGCCCAGAAGCGGAGCGAGCUCCGGAGGAAGUACGGCUUCUCGGCCGAGGACUACCGCGAGCUGGAGCGCCUGGCGCUGCAGGCCGAGCCGCACCGCGCCGGCCGCCAGUGGAAGUUCGCGGGCUCCUUCUACUUCGCCAUCACUGUCAUCACCACCAUCGGGUAUGGCCACGCCGCACCCGGCACGGACUCGGGCAAAGUCUUCUGCAUGUUCUACGCGCUCCUGGGCAUCCCCCUGACGCUGGUCACCUUCCAGAGCCUGGGCGAGCGGCUGAAUGCGCUGGUGCGGCGCCUCCUGCUGGCGGCCAAGCGCUGCCUGGGCCUGCGGCGGCCGCGCGUGUCCACGGAGAACAUGGUAGUGGCCGGGCUGCUGGUGUGCGCGGCCACGCUGGCCCUCGGGGCCGCCGCUUUCGCGCACUUCGAGGGCUGGACCUUCUUCCAUGCCUACUACUACUGCUUCAUCACUCUCACCACCAUCGGCUUCGGCGACUUCGUGGCGCUGCAGAGCGACGAGGCGCUACAGAGGAAGCCGCCCUACGUGGCCUUCAGCUUUCUCUACAUCCUUUUAGGGCUCACGGUCAUCGGCGCCUUCCUCAACCUCGUGGUCCUGCGCUUCCUGGCGGCCAGCACCGACGCGCCCGAGCGCUCUGCUCGCCGCGCCAGCCCGCUCCGCCUGGGGGCGCCCGAGAGCCGCUGCUCGGAGCGCCCCGGGGGCUCCUCCGUCUCCUACCGCAUCCACCAGCUGGAGAUGUGGGCCCGCGACAAUCUGGGCUUCUCGCCCCCCGCGAGCCCUGGGGCUAUGGGUGGCCGCGGCGGGGCAGGCAGACCCCCCGUCCGGCGGAAGUCCAUCUGACAACCCUACCCCCGUUGGGGUCAAGGGUUUGGGUUAACCUGUCAGUGCCCCACUCUCCCCAGAGCUUGGAGAGGGGUGAGGGGCCUCGGCUGCAAUGCCAUCUUCUGCCACAAGCAGGUUCGCAUUCCCUUCUGUGGCUAGCCCCUCUCUCACCUCCAAAAAUAUAUUAAAGUCGUGUCAUAAGCACAAUUACGAUUCUAAAGUCACCCAGGAGGUGCAAGUCCCCACAGUCCAAAUUGUUUUAGGAAGGCGUGGCCACACUAUCGGCCCUCUGGAGUGGACACAGGUGGCUCUUGCUGCAAAAGAGGCAGGUUUUUGUGCUGCAGGGAAAAUGCACGGUUUUCGUGACUGGCAUCCUACCCGUGAGGCCAGCUGCUCACACCAUGAGAAGCCAGGGAGGAUGUGGACUGAUAGGAAGGCCCCAUCUGCUGCCCAGUGUGGACCAGCGGGCAAAUCGCUGCCCUGUUUAAACGGUCUCACUCUCUUGCUCAGCACAUAGAGAGGAACUGGCCCAGGGGGGACUGCAGCGCAUUCUCCCCACCCCAGCUGAUGCUCUUGGUCCUGGGCCAGCGCCACUUCGGGAGAAGGGGGCCUUGCUGACACCCACCGUGUCACUGAGGCCACCUGGACGUGACGGACUGCUGUGAGACAAACUCUCGUCUGGGAGUUGUGAGAUCUGGGUCCUGCUAGUCACCUGCACACAAUGUGACUUUGGUAAAUCCCAUCCCCUAUCUGGUCCUCUGUUAAAUCUCAUCUGUAAGAUGACUGGGUUCACCUAGAAUCCUGCUCCCUCCUAUGCAUCCCUGGAAGGGGCCCCGGGACAGGACCAAGGGGGCAUCACAAAAGGCCAUGGUGGGACAUGCUGACAUCCUGCAGACUCAGCUCCUUAAAACAGCUGCCCGUAGCUUCCCAGAGAGAGCGGCCUCCACACAAAGCAGAGCAAGACAAGUUAGAAAAGCCAAAAACUUUAAUUGUCAACAUGAGCUACAUGGUCAUGGACACAAUGCAACGUGACCCACUCCAAGCCAGGGCCGGAAACCCUCCCUCCCCAAAGGCCGGGCGGCUCCCGCUCCUGGAGAGGGAAUGAAGGGAAGGUUGGUGGAUGGAGAGGCCUCAGCCUGAGGAACCCGGGUCCUGCCUUCCUGCCACCCCCUCAGGAGGCAGUUGAAGAGUGAAAGGGCUCCAGAGCUGAUGUCUGAGGGCCUGGGUUCGAGUCUCCAACUUUGCUCUCACAGAAGCCAUGAGUAAAAUGGGCACGACCAGCCUCCCUACGGGGUUUGUGAGUCAGAUGAGCUCAUGGACAUGAAAGCUUCCCAUCACUGAGGUGCUGCCACACAGACACGGGGCCCUCCCUGAGGGCUGUGGGGGUCCCCACAGGGAAACGGGGAUGGCUCGGUCCCCUGGGCCUGGCACAACGCUGCUGCUCAAUAAAUAAACACA